AUGUCGAAGAUAUUCAUUAUCGGUGCAACAGGUCAUAUUGGUGGUGCUGUGUUGGAUCUCGUCUAUCCGAAGUAUACAGAUGUCCAUAUCAAAGCAUUGGUACGAGAAGAGGAGAAAGGCAAAAUGCUUGUGGGCAAGUACCCGCGAGUAACUUUUGUUGUUGGAGAUUUGACAUCUUUGGAUCUCUUGACUAGAGAGGCGAAAGAAGCGGAUAUUGUUAUCAAUACAGGACCCGACGUCAAACAAGAUGUAGCUAUCUCAGCUAUCCUUGAAGGAUCGGCCAACCACUCCCCAAAAGCAUAUUACAUCCAUACUGCCGGCACAUCGCUCAUCUGGGAAUCACCCGGCACCUCUCAAAUCGAACCAAAGAUCUUUGACGACGUACUCGAUAUCCAAGCGUUGAAAUCUUUCCCACCCACCGCGCUCCACGCUACUUCCAACGCCCUCGUAUUCGCCGCAUGCCCUUCUACAAACAUAGCCAUCAUCUCCCCCACCGUCGUCCACGGUCUCUCCCCCUCUCCCCUCCACCCCACCCCCAUUUCUCUCCCUCCCCUCCUCUCCGCCAUCACAACCACCCACUCCGGUUUCACCAUCUCCCCCACCACAAAUCUCCAAUCCCACAUCCACGUUCUCGAUCUCGCUCAAAUCUACCUAUCUCUCCUCUCCUCCGCGCUCAACGACCCAUUUCCCGAUCCUCAAAAAUGGGGUCCUGAAGCUUUCUAUUUCGCCGCAUCAGAAGACCUUUCUUUCGGAGAAUACAUGACAUUUCUUAUCUCAAAGCUGUCAAACCCACCAUAUAAGUUGGUGCACGAGACACAGAUCAAGGAACUCCCAUUCUCGGAAGCGGUAAAAGUGGUGGGGACCCUGACAGCGUAUUUGUUCGGGAUAAAUAUGCAAGUGAGAUGUACGAGGGCGAAGGAGGUAUUGGGAUGGGUACCGAGGGCGAAGAAGGUGGAGGAGGGGUUGGAUGAGGUUCUUGAGAUUUACUAUAAGGAAAGGGAUGAUGGGGCUGGAAUGCAGGAAUUGGAUGAUACAUACGGGUUGUAA